AUGGGUGAUAUACUAAAAGAUAAUCGUUUUACUAAAUAUUUAAAUGAUCCUCGCUAUAGACAAAUUCCUAAGCAUGAGAGAAAGAUUAAGAUAGAUAAACGCUUCCAGUCCAUGUUUAAUGAUGAAAAGUUUAAAGUAAAAUACUCAGUAGAUAAGCGUGGCCGACCUAUUAAUGAAACUUCUACAGAGAAUCUUCGGAAAUAUUAUGAUGUAGAAGAAGAAAGUGAAAGUUCUGACGAAGAGGAAACAGAGGAAAGAAACAAAGCUGAAGACAGUGUUAAAUCGGACUUAGGACGUUUUGUUAAACGCCCUCCAAGUGUUGAUAAGGAAGAAAAAACUUCGACACUCACCCAAAAUGAUAAAUUAACUCGUGGAAAACUAAAUAAAAAAGUAAAGUCAAGACUGUUAAACCUUGAAAUUGAUUAUGCUCGAGGAGAAGGUAUGUUACAAACAGACAGUUCUUCCGAGGAGGAAAGUACAGAUGUUGAAGAGGACAGUGAGUUGGAACAUGAAUGGGGUGAGCUUGAUGCAGAUGCAAACACUACAGAUGAAUCAACAGCAAGACUUGCUAUCUGUAACAUGGACUGGGAUAACAUAAAAGCAAUUGAUCUUAUGGUUCUCCUCAAUUCAUUUGUGCCGCCGGGAGGAAAUAUUAAGAAGAUAUCGAUCUAUCCAUCAGAAUAUGGUUUGAAACGAAUGCAGGAGGAAGAAAUUCGAGGUCCUAUAGAAUUAACGGACCAAAAGCUUGAGGACCAACCUGAGGAUGACGCCAAUGAAGAAGGUUCAGCUUAUCAUAUGGAGAAGCUACGCCGAUACCAAUUAAAUAGGCUUAAGUACUUUUACGCUGUUGUUGAGUGCAAUUCGGUUUCAACAGCCGACCACCUUUACAACGAAUGUGACGGAAGGGAGUAUGAGAGCAGUGCUACUCGCCUUGACAUGAGAUUCAUACCAGACGAUAUCACCUUUGAUGAGGAACCUCGAGAAGUGUGCACCAAACUGCCAGACUUAACCAAGUAUAAGCCGCGUUUAUUUACUACAACUGCACUACAACAAGCAAAAGUGGAACUUACAUGGGAUGCCACAAACCCAAAUCGCAAAGAAACAAUCAAGUGUGCACGAGAUGCCAAAAUUGAUGAUUUGGAUUUAAAAGACUACCUAGCUUCAAGUAGUGAAAGUGAAGAUGAAGAUCAACCUGAAGAUGUUGAGGCUGUGUCAGAAAAUGAAGAUGAUUCUAUACAGAGGUAUAAGAAGCUGCUUGAAGAUAUAGAUAAAAAGGAAGAAAAGAAAAGAAAUAAAGAUAUGGAAAUGGAAAUAACUUGGGGCACAGGAAUCAAAGAUAAGGCAGAAGAACUUGUAAAAAAGAAACUGAAUGAAGAAAACAAGAACUUGACGCCAUUUGAAAAGUUGCUUCACAAAAGGCAGGAGAAAAAGAAAGAAAAGAAACUAAAAAAGAAAAAGUCAAAUGAUGAUGAGUCCAAAUCUGAUAGUAUGUCAGAUGAUGUACCUUCGGAUGUAGACAUGAAUGAUCCUUAUUUUGCUGAAGAAUUUAGUAAGCCCGAGUUCAAUAAACAUAAGUCAGGCUCUAAAAGUAAACACAAAAUUAAUGAUGUAAUUAUAGAUGAAAAUGAAGAAAAGAAAAGAGCUGAGCUGGAACUGUUGUUAGAUGAUGAAGGUGAUAAAUCACACUUCAGUUUGAAAAAGAUUCAAGAAUCUGAAAUUAGUAAGCAAUCUAGAAGGAAAAACAAAUUAAAAAAUAAAAUGAAUGAACAAAAACAUUCUUUGCCAGAUUUUGAAAUAAAUGUAAAUGAUGAAAGAUUUUCUGCACUUUACAAUUCACAUCAUUAUAAUAUUGAUCCGAGUGAUCCUAAUUUCAAGAAAACCAAGAAUAUGGAUAAACUCAUCGAAGAGAAAUUAAAACGUAGACCAGCAGACAUACCACCUCAAGAUCAUCAACCUAAAAAGUCAAAGGAAGAUGCUGAACUAAGUAUUUUAGUUAAAAAUGUUAAACGAAAAAGUAAGGUAUUAAAAAAAUAA